AUCGGAAGGUGCAUGAUGUACCUGUCAAGCAGACACCACCGGUUUCUGAACAAGCAUGAAAGAAAGCUAUUGGAAGUGACUAGUAAAGAUGUAAAAGGUGGAGUAUAUUCAUUGGUUGAUUUUAAUGGAAAAAUUCUUGCUGGAAUAAACAACGCUGUGUGCUUGUUUGAUUUAAAAGGUGACAUGGAACUGCAAUUGGAAUGUUGUUGCUACAACACAAUUUUAGCAUUGUAUUUGAAGAGUAAAGGAGACUUUGUUCUGGUGGGUGACUUGAUGCGAUCAGUAACAGUUCUUCUUUAUAAGUCAGAUCAACAGUCUUUGGAGGAGAUUGCUCGUGACCACAACAGUCGGUGGAUGUCAGCCAUAGAGAUACUGGAUGAUGACAGUUUUUUGGGUGCUGAAAAUUCUUAUAAUCUUUUCACUUGCCAAAAGGAUAGUGCUGCAACAACUGAUGAUGAGCACCUGCAUCUUCAAGACUCGGGGUACUUUCAUAUUGGAGAGUUUGUUAAUGUAUUUCGUCAUGGUUCCCUUGUGAUGGAAAAUUUAGGAGAACUUGUGGCUCCUGCACAGAACCCUGUUCUCUUUGGCUGUGUAAGUGGCUUAAUAGGGUUGGUCGCCACCUUGCCUCAAUCCUUCUUUCUACUAUUGGCUGAUUUGCAAAAGAGGUUAACAAAAGUAAUCAAAAGUGUGGGAAACAUUGAACAUUCCCUUUGGCGAUCAUUUGCAAAUGAGACAAGCUUUUAUCCAUCUCAAGGCUUUGUUGAUGGUGAUCUUAUUGAGAUGUUCUUGGAUCUUCCUCGUUCAGUCAUGGAACAAGUUAUUUCUGGUCUUCAGAUUGAAGAAGGUGGAAUGAAAAAGGAGGCUAGCAUUGAAGACAUUGUGAAAAUUGUAGAAGAUCUCACUAGGAUUCACUGAACUAGAUUAUGUGGCGUUGCAGGUUUUCCAAGUAGCAUGUGAAAUUUCUGUGUACUGGAAGUGUCAGAAACAAAUAGAGUUACUCAUAGUGGUUGAGCUAUAGUAGUUUAGUUCAAGAGU